GUGAUCCUCUCUGCUUAGUUCUUUCGUAAUUUGGAUGCUGUAAGUAGUACCACUUUUAAUUACUCCAUAUCUAUUGAAGUAUUUCUAUGGGCUGCAUUAACAAAGGAUUGGAAGCUGUAAGUAUCAAGAUCAGGAGUUUUUUCAAAAAGAAAAAGGGGAUCGAAAACAGAGACAACAGCAUAGCAGAAAGAUGGGAGAUUUUGAAUGGAAAAAACAAUUGGGAAGGAUUACUUGACCCUUUGGAUUAUGAUCUCCGACGAUACCUUAUUCACUAUGGCCAAAUGCCUCAAGCCAUCUGCGAUUCAUUCAACAGUGAAAUAGCAUCAAAGAAUUUAGGGACAAAUCGAUACUCCAAAAAGAAUUUCUUCAAAAGAGUGGGGCUCGACAAAAACAACCCAUUCAAAUAUGAAGUCACAAAAUACAUCUAUGGAGCUUCAGAUGUACCAAGUAAAACUGAAAAGAUCAAAUCAUCAAAUUGGAUCGGAUUUGUUGCUGUUGCCACUGAUGAUGGGAAAGUUGCAUUAGGAAGGAGGGAUAUUUUGAUUGCUUGGAGAGGAACCAUGUGUCCUGCAGAAUGGAAUGAUGAUUCUGACUGGGUUUUGGUCCCACCCACAAAAAUCUUUGGAGAAAAUACAGAUGACAUUCUUGUACACAGAGGUUUUUAUUCAGUUUAUACUUCUCUUAACGAAGCUUCAAAAUUCAAUCGAACAACUAGUGCCAGAGACCAGGUUAUUGAAGAAGUUAAGCGAUUGGUGGAGCAAUACAAGGGAGACAAAGUUAGCAUUACUCUAAGCGGCCACAGUAUUGGUUCAUCAUUGGCCACACUAUGCGCAGUUGACAUAGUUGUCAACCAAAUCAAUAAGGAGUUUCCAGUGACUGCAUUUUUACUUGCUAGCCCACGAACUGGAGAGGCCAAUUUCAAGAAAGCUUAUCAAAAUUUGAAAAAUCUUCAAAUCUUGCGGAUUACCAAUGCCCUUGAUGAGGUUCCGGAAAAGCCAGACCGUGGACAGGUCGAAGGUUCUGAUACAGAUUGGAGAGUGUAUGAACAUGUUGGGUAUGAACUUAAAAUUGAUACUACAAAAUCAGAGUAUUUGAAGAAAGAUGUAAAUAAUCAUACUGUGGAAGUUUAUCUGCACGGAAUUGCUGGAACACAUGGAGCAGAAGGAGAGUUCAAGUUGGAAAUAAAUCGGGAUAUUGCUUUGGUGAAUAAGGAAGCGGACGCAUUGAAGAAUGAAUAUGGUGUACCAGUGUAUUGGCGGAUCGUGCAAAAUAAAGGAAUGGUUCAACAAGAAGAUGGAUCUUGGAUUCUCAAUGAUCGUGAGGAUGAUACUGAUCUUUCAGAGUAAAAAUACUUUCAUUUCUCAAACAUAAAUUACUCCUAGUAUCAUUUUUCUAAGGGACGAUGUGAUCUAAUUUUAUGCAAGUUUGGACGUUUGCUAUAGAAGCAGCCAGGACAAAA